CGCCCUUAUCGCUCUCAAUCGUCCGUACAAUUAUCAUCGGGGUGCCCCAACACUCCUCGUCAGCCGGGCCGCGACCUCGACGGCUAGCAACGAUAGCGGCGAUACUGGAUCGGAGAACGCUCGCUCCACGGCAGAACCGAUCGACGCCGAAUACCAACGGAAGGAUAAAAUUCGAGAAUGGGAGGUGGAGAAUGGAGCAAUUGGUUGCAACGAUGCCGACAAUCUCGGAAACUCGUUCUCGUCAUCGUCGCCAUCGCGUUACUCUUGGAUAAUAUGUUGCUAACAACUGUCGUUCCAAUAAUACCGGAAUUUCUCUACGAUAUUAAACAUCCUAAUGCAACAUUAAGCGAACAUCUGGAAGGAGGUGCUUCUCUUCAAACUACGAUUUCUACCGUACCACCAACAACAACGACAAAAACAACAACGCCAAAAUGCCCUUGUGCUCUAAACAUAUCGGUUCUUCCUCAAUUAGAAUUUCUUACAACUCCUUCUACGAAUGUAUCGGAAGUUACUGUAGCCAAUCUUACAUCGGAGAUGAAGGAAAAGGAACAAAGACAUCGAGAAUUAUUAGAAGAGACUGUGGCAGUGGGAAUGAUGUUUGCUUCUAAAGCUUUUGUUCAAUUGUUAGCUAAUCCUAUAGUUGGACCAUUAACUCACAAAAUCGGAUAUAGCAUACCUAUGUUCACCGGAUUUAUUAUCAUGUUUCUAUCCACGUUAAUUUUUGCUUUCGGGCGGAGCUACGGCAUACUUUUCUUAGCGCGAGCUCUUCAGGGCAUCGGUUCAUCAUGUUCCAGCGUUUCUGGUAUGGGCAUGUUAGCGGAAAGGUAUCAAGAUGAUAAAGAACGCGGUAAUGCAAUGGGUAUUGCAUUAGGUGGACUGGCUCUCGGUGUCCUUAUUGGCCCCCCCUUCGGCGGAGUAAUGUACGAAUUUGUAGGAAAAUCUGCCCCAUUCUUAGUGCUUUCCGCAUUAGCUCUCGGUGAUGGACUGUUGCAGCUUUUAAUGCUUCAACCCUCUGUCGUAUACACGGAAACGAAACCACCAUCAUUGAAGUCCCUCAUCACUGAUCCUUAUAUCAUUUUAGCAGCUGGCGCAAUAACGUUCGCAAAUAUGGGCAUCGCUAUGUUAGAACCGAGUCUACCAAUCUGGAUGAUGGACACAAUGGGUGCGAGCCGCUGGAAGCAGGGGGCCACAUUUUUGCCAGCGAGUAUUAGUUACUUAAUCGGAACGAAUCUUUUCGGCCCGCUUGGACAUAAAAUGGGCAGAUGGUUAGCCUCUCUGAUAGGAUUAGUCGUUAUUGGUAUUUGCUUGAUGUGUAUUCCGUUGGCGAGAAGUAUCGAUCAUCUGAUCAUACCAAAUGCAGGUCUGGGAUUCGCAAUCGGCAUGGUGGAUAGCUCGAUGAUGCCUCAACUGGGAUACCUGGUGGACAUAAGGCAUACCGCUGUUUAUGGAAGCGUUUAUGCUAUUGGAGACGUGGCAUUUUGUCUAGGCUUUGCUAUAGGUCCCGCAUUGAGUGGAACUUUGGUCAACAGUAUUGGUUUCGAAUGGAUGCUUUUUGGUAUAGCUAUGUUAAAUUUCAUUUACGCACCUCUCAUGUAUUUCCUAAGGUCGCCUCCGAACAAAGAAGAAAAAGAGUCGUUAAUAAUUGGUGAAAAAUCGUCUGUGCGAUAUGUCACCUACCAGAACGAGGAAGAGGACCAAUAAAAUAGUGAUUCUAAACGUUUUCGACAAAAUCAUUUAUCUUAAUCUCUUAGCAAAGAUCUCUUUUCUCUUCUUUUUUUAAACAUACAGUAAAAAAAUUGUAUUAUAUUAUUAUCUGUGUUUGUAUAUAUUAUUAAUUUUUAUAUAUAUUUUCAAAAAUAUUUCCUCAAAAAUUAUUGAUGACGAAGAAAUAACAACAAUUUAUUCUUUUUUAUUAUCAUAUUUGUUAUUCAAAAUUUUUAAAUUUGUCCCAAUAAAUAAUAACAAGCUACACUGAGAAAAAAAAGUUGUUGAUUUGACUAAAUGUGUACAACUGAUUAUUAUUUCUUUAAUUGAAAUAUUUAAGUAUUUAAGUCAAAUACAUUAUAUUAAAUUUAACAUGACAUAUUUAUAACUUAAAUACGUAAAUAUUUCAAUUAAAUAAAUAAUCAGUUAUACACAUUUAAUCAAAUCAACUUUUUUUUCUCAAUGUACAAACAUCGACAAUAAGCACAAUUGUUGACAUGCACUUGAUAAUAUUUGGCAAACGUACUGUAAAAUUAUUUAUACUCAAGUAAAGUUUUCCUAAUAGAAAGGCGACAUUCUUGGAGAAAAAGACAAAUGAUCUCGCUUAAAAAUAGAUUUGGAAAAGUCGCGCAACACCACACUUGAUAUUUAUAAAAAUAAUAUGUACAAUCUAUAAACAGAACGCGCUAUAAACGUCCGAGAACUUACGGGAAAUUUUGCGUUCUCGAAUAAUUCCGAGACUAGCCAUAAUAAAGGAUGGAUAUGUUGUGAAAUAUAUUUCUGUGUAUUCUGCAUCAUCGAUAUCUCGAUAAUUAAUCGAGUAUACAAAAGCGUAUUAUAUAUCAUAUGUAACACACAAAUAAUAAUAAUAGAGCUAUAGCCUAAAAUAAUACAAAAAUUGCGAAAAAGCAAAAGAAAAAACUCGUUAUGCCGUAGUAUGCGAUAGCAAGAAAUAUGUUUGGUAAACAUGUG